UCCUAAAGCCGCAGCAGGCUGCUCACCUGCUCCCGCCUCCUGGAGCCCCUGCCCAGCCCCAUCACCCCUGCCCCCUCCACUGCCGGCCCCCGCCCAAGCCGACGUUGGGCAAGAAGCCGAGCGGGCCGAGAGGUGGAGAGAGGAUGCGGCGGUCGGCAGCUGCCUGGAGCUGUGCACGGUGAUUGCCUCCCCCGAGGAGGAGUUGCCUAGACCAUAGCCACAUUUCUUGUUUUCCUCCCCACCCACCCACCCCGUAAUUACAUUGGCUGUUGGAGGGGACCUGGAGAGACGGAGGAGGCGCCUUGCUUCCCCCCUCGCGCCCGCCACCCCUGCUCUUUCCCAUCCCGGGGCAGGAUGACUGGAGUCUUUGACAGUCUGGUGGCUGAUAUGCACUCGACCCAGAUCACGGCCUCCAGCACAUACCACCAACACCAGCAGCCCCCGAGCGGUGGCGGCGCUGGCCCCGGCAGCAACAACGGCAGCAGUCUCCACAAGCCCCAGGAGUCGCCGACCCUCCCAGUGUCCACAGCUACCGACAGCAGCUACUACACCAACCAGCAGCACCCUGCGGGCGGAGGCGGCAGUGGGGGCUCUCCCUACGCGCACAUGGGUUCCUACCAGUAUCACGCCAGCGGCCUCAACAACGUCCCUUACUCCGCCAAGAGUGGCUACGACCUGGGAUACACCAACGCCUACACCUCUUAUGCGCCCUAUGGGACCAGUUCGUCCCCGGUCAACAACGAACCUGAGAAAGAGGAUCUCGAGCCUGAAAUUCGGAUAGUGAACGGGAAGCCAAAGAAAGUCCGGAAACCCCGCACUAUCUACUCCAGUUUCCAGCUGGCAGCUCUUCAGCGCCGUUUCCAAAAGACUCAAUACCUGGCGCUGCCCGAGCGAGCCGAGCUGGCCGCAUCUCUGGGCCUCACCCAGACUCAGGUCAAAAUCUGGUUCCAGAACCGCCGAUCUAAGUUCAAGAAGAUGUGGAAAAGCGGCGAGAUCCCCGCGGAGCAGCACCCUGGGGCCAGCGCUUCGCCACCUUGUGCUUCGCCGCCGGUCUCGGCGCCAGCCUCCUGGGACUUUGGCGCGCCGCAGCGGAUGGGGGGCGGUGGCGGCCCGGGCAGCGGCGGCAGCGGCGCGGGCAGCUCGGGCUCCAGCCCGAACAGUGCGGCCUCGGCUUUCCUGGGCAACUACCAAUGGUACCACCAGGCCUCGGGCUCUGCCUCACAUCUGCAGGCCGCGGCGCCGCUGCUGCACCCGACGCAGACCCCGCAGCCACAUCAUCAUCAUCACCACCACCACCACCACCACCACGGCGGCGGGGGCGCCCCAGUGAGUGCCGGGACGAUUUUCUAA